UAUCAACUGCGGAAGUGCGUAGAGCCGUUCCAACGUUUGCAACUGCUACACGACGGAUCUGUUUAUUAUAUUUCAGUUCCGGAUAAACCUCCGUCAGGAUGUCAGGUUUCGAGAAUAACUUUGACUACCCAGUAGACGUCAACCCUUUUCAGGAUCCAUCUGUCACACAGGUGACUCAUCCUGGAGUGGAUCAUGUGCAGCAAUACCAGCCUUUCCCUGGCAACGACUCUGAAGGCACCACUAUCCCAGCCUCUACCGUCCCGUCCCAGCCUGCUGUGCUGCAGCCCUCUUUGGAGCCCAGCCCUCAGGCAGCCGCAGCCACAGGCCAGGCCAAUCUGCUGAGACAGCAGGAGGAGCUGGAGAGGAAAGCAGCCGAGCUCGAGCGCAGAGAACAGGAGCUACAGACCAGAGAGCGAGUUACAGGCAAAGAGAACAACUGGCCCCCCUUGCCCAAAGUGUUUCCCAUAAAGCCAUGCUUCUACCAGGACUUCUCAGAGGAAAUUCCAGAGCAACACAGACGUCUCUGCAAAAUGAUGUAUUACCUGUGGAUGCUGUAUUGUGUGACACUGUUUUUAAACGUACUGGCGUGUCUGGCGUACUUCACGGUUAAAGCCGAUUACGGAGUGGAUUUUGGCCUCUCCAUUCUGUGGUUCAUCCUCUUCACCCCCUGCUCUUUCCUCUGCUGGUUCCGGCCCGUCUACAAGGCUUUCAAGUCCGACAGCUCCUUCAGUUUCUUUUCCUUCUUCUUUAUCUUCUUUUCCCAAGUUGUGGUGAUGAUUAUUCAGUCUGUCGGUAUACCCCGAUGGGGCAACAGCGGUUGGAUUUCGGCUCUCACGGAGAUCAGCGGCCACCUGGCGGUGAGCGCAGUAAUGAUGGUGGUCGCAGUGUUCUUCACCGUGUGCGCCGUGCUGUCGGUCAUCCUUCUUAAAAUGGUUCACUCUCAUUACCGCCACACCGGUGCGAGCUUCCAGAAAGCGCAGCAGGAGUUUUCUCAGGGCGUGCUCACCAAUCGCACGUUCCAGACGGCAGCGGCGAGCGCGGCCACGUCAGCAGCCCAGAGUUCCCUCCAGAGGAACUAAAACUCGGCAGAGAACAGCCCGAAUCCCCUCAGAGCCACAGCGCCGAAGCGCACGCCUGUGCAGGCUGUGUCGCUCCCCCGUAACGCUUUGGCCUUCAGACUGCAGUCAACACUUUGGGAGUUCACAUAUAGAGUAUGUGAAGCUGAGGGGGUGGAGUUGCAGCACUCAGUAACAUGUCUGUAUGUUUGUAUGUAUGCUUUCAGUUUGAAUGGGUAUUGUGAUAUAUAUAUAUAUAUAUAUAUGUAUAUAU